CGGAGAGCUCCUCUCCGCGCAGCCUGCCGCCACAGCACCGAGCAGAGAGAGGAUCUAUUGAGGGCAUAUUCAAUGAUAAGGCUUCAUAUCUGUCCUCGGUAUGUGCCCUUUCCCGCAGUAGUGUCUGUAAAGAGGAGAAGGCGGAAGGGAUGCUGAAGUAGCGCGAGCUGGUGUGGGUCCUCUUAUUAGGGAUGCAGUGGAGUGAAAACGCCGUGGGAGGAAGGCUCAGAGUGAACCAGUCGGGUUUGAAACACGAAUGGCUUCUCCAAAGCUUCUUCCCGGAGAUGAGGGAGUCAAUCAGCCCGAUCAACAUGACGCCCUCGACCGGGUUCCAGUCUCGCUCCAUGCACGCAAAUCGGGCGGAUCAACAGGAGGAGCACCCCCGGGGGAGGGCUACUGUAACCCUGCCCGCAGCUGCCAUGACCGGUGUCGUUCAGCACCAAGGACGGCGCCGCGCAAAGGGGGCGCGGAGGUUAAACUCGGUCAACUUGGUGAGGAAAAAGUCCGGGUUUGUUGCGACGAGGAAUUAGAGACAUCUUUUACCUAUGUAGAUGAGAAUGUUAACUUGAGACUGGCCAGCCCAGAGACUAGUUGUAAAAGUACUCUCAGGCCUAUGCGCAAUGGCGAGCCUUGUUCGGAAACUUUACCGGAGUUUUCCUUUAUGUCCGAAGAUGAUCUCUCCUUUGGGGAGGGCUCCGGGUCUUCAAUAGACUACGGCUUUAUCAGUGCAGUUACGUUUUUAGUCACCGGGAUCUCCUUGGUGAUCAUCUCCUACGCCGUACCACGUGAUGUGGAGGUGGAUCGUGACAGCGUGUCAGCGAGGGAGAUGGAGAGGCUGGAGAUGGAAAGCGCGCGGAUAGGUGCCCACCUGGAUCGGUGCGUCAUAGCGGGACUGUGCCUUCUCACGCUGGGCGGCGUGGUACUCUCCACACUGCUGAUGAUCUCCAUGUGGAAAGGCGAGAUGUACAGAAGAAAGGUGAUCGCUUACACCAAGCGGUCAGCCAAACAGUAUGGCUCUAUCAGCCUGAAAACUAGAUCCAGUCCCAGCCAUUCCUCUGCGCAUAACUUGUCCCUGGAAGAGGACAUUGAGGAAACACUGGCUUAAAAUGUUGCUUUGAAUAUGAACCUUUUUUUGUAUUACAGAGGAAAUAAUGCCAUUCACACACAUUCUCUAACAUAUUGUAGCUUAAAACAGUGUUCUAUCAUUCAAAAUGUGCAACAUUGUUGCUCUCAAACUAGGAAUAGCCUGGAUGCCAUCUCAUAUAGCCACAGAGUGCAAAAAGGACACGAAAAGCAUUUCAUUGCAAAGUUAGCACAAGCUAUAUCAGAUUGUCCCCCAAUGAUUUUAAACCAUAAAAUUGGCCACAAAUGUUCAAAGCUUUGUGUCACAACACUGGAACGCAUUUUUUUUGUACCCAGGAUGCAAUCUGCUUCCAGAGCUUCCAUUUAUUAUUAAGGCUAUCCAUAUUUAAUGCAAGUGUCUCCAACAGCGAAAUUGUGUACAGACACAGUUCAGGAAGUGAGGGUUGUGUGUGUGUGUGUCCAGGCAAGAGAGUGGAAGUAAGGAUGGAUGUAAAGCUGCCCCUGUCCACUGUGAUGCGGGGGGAAUCAGCUCAGUGGUCCACAUGGUAAUAUCCAGUGACAGUCCCUCUCUGGUGCAGUGCUGAGGUAAGCCAGUAAGCCCAGCCUCGUGCAUCUGAGCCAAAGCUCCACGUCGGUUUGAUUGGAGUGAGCAAUUUGACUGCAGUCGACAGCUCUGAUACCGUGCACCCUCCUCUGCUCUCACUUGAUCCCCUCUGCUCCCCCCCCCCUCCUUACCUUCCCUCUGCCACAGGAGACUUUCUUUUCCCCUGCAGUUUGUCAUUGCCCUCCUCAACACUGUUAAAUUCACUCUGUAAGCAUAUGAAAAGGGUCCUGGAAGACCACAGCCAAGUGCCUGUGACAUUUCAAGGUAGAUGAGCCUUCCUUAUGACACUCCUUUCAGUUUUUUUUUUUUUUCUCUACCUGAGGAUGGACUUAAGAACAUCUAAUCGCACAUGAAAGAGUUGCCCUACUUCAAAACCUUAAGCCUUCAAUACUUCAAAGAGCUAAUUACAUUCUCAGAGUGUGGUAUCAGUCUUUUUAGAAUGUUAUAUUUGAUGUUAUCAUAGUGAUUGGCUGACUAAAGCAUCGCAGAUGACACCAAAAGCUUAGGAGAAAGGGUUUAUCAUGUGCCAACUUGCUAAAAAUGCUAAUGCCCCAGUGUCCGGGUAAGUCAGAGACCAACUUCCUUUUCUUGGUUUAAGAAGAUUUUCGUUUCUGUCGGAGCUAAAUCCUUGUUAAUUUAACCAUUUUUUUUUUCUCUCCCUGAUGGUUGUUAAUGCUUUGCAGAAAUGAAUAAAGAAUGCCAUGUGA